CCCGCGCUUACCCCACCAUCUCUCGCUCUCUAUCCAAAGCGCACCCAACUCCCAAAAACCCUAUGUCUCCUUAUCAGAUUGUUGGUCCUCGUCGUCGUCGUGCGCUGGUGUUCUUCGACAUGGCGAUCGGGGGGGCGCCGGCGGGGCGGAUCGUGAUGGAGCUGUACGCGAAGGAGGCGCCGCGCACGGCGGAGAACUUCAGGGCGCUGUGCACGGGGGAGAAGGGCGUGGGGCGCUCGGGGAAGCCGCUCCACUACAAGGGGUCGACGUUCCACCGCGUGAUCCCGGACUUCAUGUGCCAGGGCGGGGACUUCACCCGCGGCAACGGCACCGGCGGGGAGUCGAUCUACGGGGAGAGGUUCGCCGACGAGAAGUUCGUGCGGCGCCACACGGGGCCCGGGGUGCUCUCCAUGGCCAACGCAGGGCCCAACACCAACGGCUCCCAGUUCUUCAUCUGCAUCGUCGCCACGCCCUGGCUCGACGGCAAGAACGUCGUCUUCGGCCAGGUCGUCGCGGGCAUGGAGGUCGUCAGGGCCAUCGAGAACGUCGGAUCCUGCAGCGGCACCACCUCCGAGACCGUCACCAUCGCCGACUGCGGCCAGCUCUUCUAGGGUUCCGGUCGGCCGGUCGGUCGCCUUCUUCCUCGCCGAUCCACUCCUCCUGCUGCUACUGCUACUGCUACUACUACUAGCAGUAGUAAUGGUAACUAUCUUCAUCGCCCUCCUCACUGACCAUUGUACUUCUUCCUGCUGUAAUACUACUGCCAACUUAGCAAAAUACAGGUUUCUUCUUUCAUAUCUCAUGUAUUUAAGCCUUCUCCUUUUGUUUUAUACACCCUUUUCCAAUUAAUUAUUAGAACUCUUGGUCAUUAACCACUUGAGAUUGAAAAGUAGAUGUAGAUAAAGGAAAUUUAGAAACAAGCAAAAAAUUUAAAUACAAUUCCUAUCUAGCAUGAUGCAUAAAAAACUUGGUUUUCCAGUACUUAUAUUCGGUAUAGUUUCUAAAAAUGCCUUUUGUCUCUCUAAAUUCUCUUCAAUAUGACUACUAACUUCAUAAACCAAUAUAUUCCUAACUAAAUCAGGACCCCACUAUUUAGGAAAUUUUGGAAUGCUAAUCAACUAGCUGUUUACGAAAUCUUGAAAAGGCUACAAGACACUUAAACUAUGCUUUCCAAAAAAGAAAUCGAACCAUUGCUAAAUGUAAAAAAGCUAAUAUUUUUUACUUUAAAUGAGCCGUAUAUUUAUUUAUUUUUAAUAAUUAUCUGGAUAGUUAUAUUUUUAUUUCAAAUUUUUAGUGAUUACAUUUGGUUACUAGUUGUUUAAGCACUGCUCUCUACCAAAAUUCAGGUAGAGCCACUACAUAAAUUGAGUUGGUUCAUUGAUUCUUCUUCUAAAAUUUUUAUUAAUUUUUAAAAUGAGUUAUGAGUUUUGGAUGGUCCAAUUUCUAGGCAACCAACUCUUGGAGUUCAUUGUAUUGCCUUUAAGUACAUAUAUCCUGUAACUUUUUGGGUUUUUAUACCACUAUAUUUCUAUGUUUCCUAAAUGUCAAUGCUUUUCACUAGAUUUUGUCUUUGAUAUGUUCUACUUUUUGCCUUCUAAAAAAAACAGAUUAGUUUCCGAAUGCCUAUACUGUAACUAUUCUUUUUUUUUUUUUCACGCCUCUGCUACGAACACUGUUUUCGCCUGCAGCUUUGUUAGUUUUUUGCGUCUUUGCUUUAGUCAACCUCCUUUAAUAAGCUUAAACAAGUUUUAAUCGGUUUUCAUCAGUUUAGCUCGGCAUUGUUUAGGGCUUGGAUUUAUUUUAGAAUCUGGCUCUAAUUGCAUUUUUACUUUAUGCUCUACGACGUUAACUAUAAGAACUUUCUUGAAGGUUUUGCGUGGUUUCGCAAAUGUGCAUGUGUGUCUACGUUUGUUUGGUUUUCAAGCAUAUUGCACUGUUUUUUCCCUCUUUUGGAACUUUCCUUAAGGUUUUGUUUGGUUUCGGAAAGUCCCAACAUGUAAAGGUGUGGCGCAUUGUUGGUGCUGACUGUUGUUGCUUGGCUAUUGCAUAAGACCCAAAUGAGCUUUAGUACUAACGGCGCUGCAUUUUGAUCCUGUGACUAGAUCUUUGCCGCCUUUAUUUCAUGUAGUUGCAUGUUCUUUGUUUUCUGUCACUUUCGGAUAUUACUAAUUCGAGUGCUGAUAAAUAGUAUAGUGACUGGCGAUUAGAACUUGAAUGUUGCUUGAACAAACUUUAUGCAAACUCGGUGUCGGUGAUGAUGACGGUUUCUAUUAAUGUUUGAAGGAUGACAUAGCUUGCAAAAGUUGUGCAACCCCAUAUUAAUUUGAAACCAAAUGAGCCAUAUUACUAACGGCACUCCAUUUUGAUCCUACAACUAAGUAAUUAUUGGACUAAUCUCUGCUGCUUAUCUUUGUUGUGUCUAUUUCAUGUAGUUGCAUGAUCUACAAAGUAGAAAGACAAUUAGAAUUUUGUGUUCUUCCUUGAUUCUUGGUUUGUUGGAGUGGUAUUAAAUUUGGUCAUCAUGAUAGAGAUAGUUCUAAUUCCUUACCAAUAUUCAGCUCGGACUAAAUGCCUUAAGUUUUCCUAUUGUCAUUCCUCAGUCGUUUAAAAUAUUAGCUUCUUUAUUUUUUCGCUGCUUAGACCAGUGAUACUUAAAGAAAGUUAAUCAGUUGUUUAUUAAUAUAUCGGAUUAUAUGUAAUUUUUUAUAUUGGAUUAUAUCUAACUUAGAAUUGACUGA